GGCAAUUUAGGCGUUGCGCUACUGUCCUAUUACAAUGAAUGACUCCCGUGUGCAGGUUGGGGUAAAGAAACUCCCUAUGCACCUACAAAGUUCCCAGAAUCGUUUGCUCAUUAAAGGAGGGAAAGUAGUCAAUGAUGAUCGUAUGUUUACUGCUGAUAUAUAUAUUGAAGAUGGGGUUAUUAGACAAGUAGGUAAUCAGCUUUCGAUUCCAGGGGGAGUCAGAAUCAUUGAUGCAUCAGGAAAGAUGGUCAUCCCAGGUGGUGUUGAUCCUCAUACAUGCUUUGAUUCCUCUUGUUUUGGUUUGAAUACAUCAGAUGAUUUUUAUUCUGGCACGAGAGCAGCACUUGCUGGUGGAACUACUACAAUAAUCAAUUGUAUUGUACCUACAAACAUUUCACUUUUGGAUAUGUAUGAAAAGUCCCGUCAAACAGCAGAUUCCAAAGCGUGUUGUGACUAUGCGAUGCACUUUAUCUUAUCCCAGUUCGACUCCAAAAUAUCCAAGGAAAUGGAACUACUAGUCAAAGAAAAGGGAGUGAAUUCUUUUAGGGUUUUUUUGUCAAAUACAAACGACAUGUUAGUAGACGACGGUGAUUUCUUCGAAAUCGCUAAGCGGUGUAGAGAUCUUGGUGCUGUUCUCCAAGUUCAUGCAGAGAAUGGAAAAUUAGUUAGGAUACUAGAGUCGAAAAUAUACAAUGACGGUAUUACUGGCCCAGAGGGUUACUUGUAUUCACACCCAGAAAUGGCGGAGAUUGAAGCUACACAUCGAGCGCUUUCUUUAGCUGAUGCUGCUGGUUGUCCUCUAUAUAUUCUACAAGUCACUAGUCCGAAAGCAGCAGAUCAAAUAUCAGAAGCUCGUUGGAAUGGAAAUGUUGUUGUAGGUGAAACAUUAGCCGCUGCACUGGGUGCUGAUGGUACUCAUUAUAAGAAUAGUUGCUGGCGUCAUGCUGCGGGAUAUGUUCUGUCUCCUCCACUAAGAGUUAAUCCGAAUACUUCAGAUAAGUUGGUGCGUUACGUCUCCACUGGGGUUCUAGAAUGUACUGCUAGUGGCCAUUGUGCUUUUAAAACUGAACAGAAAGCUUUGGGAAAGGACGAUUUCCGAAAAAUCCCUCCUGGAGUCAAUGGAGUAGAAGAUCGAAUGUCAGUUGUUUGGGAGAAAGGAGUGAUGUCUGGUUUUAUAGACCCAUGCAAGUUUGUUGCUGUGACUAGUACAAAUGCCGCUAAAGUCUUUAAUCUCUAUCCACAAAAGGGAAGGAUCGAUGUUGGAAGUGAUGCUGAUUUGGUUAUCUGGGAUGGUGAUGCAACUCGCACAAUAUCAGCAAAAAAUAACCACGAAAAUGUUGAUUUCAACAUAUUUGAAGGUCUUCAGUGCCAUGGCGUACCUGUAGUCGUGGUCACUGCUGGUCGGGUUGUUCUGGAGGACGGAGAACUUAGAGUAACUCAGGGUGCAGGUCGUUUUGUACCGGCUUUACCGUUUUCACCGUAUAUUUUUGAGAGAACAAAAAGACUGGUGCUGAUGCGUUCCGUCAAACCUAUAAUUCGUGAUUCGUAUACUGGUCCUGUGUCCACAGAAUUCACUAUUCCAAUGAAAGAUUCUAUCGUCAAUAAUGGUACAGAAAAAGUCUCAGUGGGGUCUGAUGCUGAUGGCUUGCGCCCUCGUUCACCUACACGUUCGGGUGGUCGGAAUAUGCAAGAAUCCAGUUUCUCUCUGAGUGGUAGGUUUAUUUAGAAAACAUUCCAGUCAUAGAAUUAUCCUUAAACGUUAUUCGUUUCAGUUUUAUAACAGGCAAGGACGUGUAACAUUCAUGUUGAGCUAUUCAUGAAACAACUAAAAGUGAUUAGGUUGAUUGAUGGGAGUAAAAUUAAAAUUUAUAGUAAUAAUAACGAACGGUAAACUACUUGAGAAAGUAAUAUUUUAAGACUCAGACGGCAAGUUCAUGUCUUAUUUGGGUAUCUCCUUGGCCCAAAAGAUUAUGAUCUAGAACAUAGAGUCAGAGAUUAGGAAAUUCGCAGAAUGAACAACUGCGAUUCGCUGUUAUCUUGAUAUUGUUCAUUCGGGGUGUGAAAUUUUAUAAGCAGUAAACCGAAUAUGGUCCAUAAAUCAUUGGGUUAUUUGUUGAUCUGAUGAAUAAACUGAUCAAGUCCUAUGCAUAUAUCCGAUUCUAAAAGCUACAAUGUAGUCCCAUAUUAAUAUGACGCACACGUUAAGUGAAUUAAUGCUUGAUGAUCAUACAAAUCAAUAAAAUUAGAGUAAGGAGCAGUCAAGUAGUUAUCUAAAAGCCUGAAUACAAAGCUCUUUAACGUGUAAUAUCGUUGUCACGCAUACUAUUACUUAGCCUGAAAAGUCUAGCAUAAAUCCAAAUCCUUGACUUGAUGGUCGAAAUAUCAAAUACAAACUAUCAAGUCACAAAUAAUUGUUGUAAAGCGUCAAUUUAUGUUAAUACACUAUGAAAUGUGUGAUCAGUCUAUCUGCAAACCUUUGAAAAAUUACUUGAUUCAACUCUACCAAUCAUAAUUUACCAUUGUAACUGCAAGGUCCAGUUUGUGACUGACGCCAUUGUGUCUAGUAGCACCUUCAAAGAAUUAGUGUUGUAGGCUGUAAUAGUGGGAUAGUGAAGUGCAUGAUGUGAUGCUGUUGGCUGAGUUAAACAAUUAAGAGCUAGAGAUAGCCAUGUGAACCGCGUUAGAAACAAGAUUCAACUCAGGUUUGUAAAAUUUCAAUUUCAGUUGAACUAGUGAAAUAGCCAAAUAAAACCAUUAGUCACAUAUUUAGUGGAAUACUAUAUUACAUGCACAUAUACGACGAUUAGAAAGAUUGCAUUGUAAUAUCUCUAGUGUUAUAUAUUUUCUAGUCUUUAUGGAUCAAGUAUCGAGUAUAAAUUAUAUAGUAGUCUUACAGAUGAGAACGUUUCACCAUUGGUGAUAACUUUGUUGCAUGACGUAACAACUCGAUUUUAUUGUGUAAAACUAAAUAUAAACAUAAUUGUACAAAACUAAUAGAUAACAUCUUCGAGAGGAGUUUCUUCGCUGAACCGUCUUCAUUUUGUUUAAAUAAAUAUUGGUUACAUGGAUAAUACCAUAAUGUCAAGACGUUUGAACGGAAAAAAUUUUCCUCGACGAUUUCGUUUACUACGAACAAUUAUGUUGUGGUGUGUGCUACUAAUGUCGACAGACACAAGUAGUAUGUAUCAUCUAUCAAACGUGAUGAUUUUACAUUUGGUUGUCCCGCCUGGUGUACUCGUUUACUACAAUGUAGCUAACUGAAAUAUCGAAACUACAAAGAUUUAAGACCCAUCUACUUUUAGCAUACUCACGUUAAUGUAUGACUAACAAAAUAUAUAUGAAAGACUAUUGAAUAUAGAAAAAGUCUAUUUAUAUUAACUUAGAAAAACUUCAGGCACUAAAAUUAUAGUUUAUUGUCAGUUGAUUCAAUAAGGAAAAUACUCUUUUUUGCUUACAUCUGCGACUGCGUAUUUAAAGUUAGUGAGGUAACGUUCUGGCUAUUUUAUUGGUUUUUGGACUUUUCAUUUCUUGUGAGGUGUUAUAUUCGACUUUUGACAUCUUUUUUAGGCGCUCAGUACGACGAUAGGCGUCCGAUUCGCACGGGGAUUCGAACCAAACAACCUCCGGGUGGGGCGUCAAAUGCCUUAUGGUAGAUAUUCAUUAAUAAGUCUUGUAUAUCAAAAGUUUGGAGCUCAACAUCAGCGACACUACAUAAUCAACAUGUAUUUACUGAAAUUGUUUAAGAUACACCUGGUUCUUUAUUAUAUGUGCUCACAGCCCAAAUUAUAUGUAGCUUCGUUGAAAAACUUGAUCGUUAUCCUAGUUAUGGUUGUUUAUCAAUUCAAAUAUAAUACGCUACUUCAUAAAAAUAUUAAUUACU